AUGACAGCCGCAUUGCCAGCUCGUCAGAGACGUCUUUCGGUGGUGCUAUUUUUGGCACCUAUCCUCUUAUUAGCUUUCAGGCUCAAUGACGUCUUCCUUGCCAGUCGAGCUCCAGUGACUUCAUCUCGCUCGAGAUAUGCUUCGGACCUGGUUUCCAGCCAGCUCUACGGCACAUCCAGGCUUCAGCUGACGCUGUGUGAAGCCCGUGGCGGCGCGGCCGCGGGAUCUCUCGUGGCGCUCUGGCGUUGUGAUCCCCCGGAAAACAGGGAGGUGAUUGCCGGACCACCAGCAGCCGGCAAAGGCACCCAGUGCGAGAAGAUCAAGGACAAGUACGGUUUUGUGCACAUCUCAACAGGUGACAUCCUGCGCGAGAACGUAAAGAAGGGCACGGAGCUGGGCAAAAAGGCCAAGGGCUUUAUGGAUUCUGGUGCGCCGGGAGCUAAAGUCGUUACGUUGGUGCCAAGCGAGCUGAUUGUGGAUUUGGUGAAGGACCGCUUGUUGCAGGACGAUGUGAAGGAGAAAGGUUGCCUGUUGGAUGGUUUCCCUCGAGCUCCAGACCAGGCACAGGCCAUGGUGGAUGCAGGACUGGACGUGGAGAAGUUCCUGGUGAUCAAGGUGCCAGAUGACACCCUGGUGGAGCGUGGCUGCGGCCGACGCCUGGACCCCGAAACUGGUGAGAUUUAUCACCUGAAGUUCAGGCCUCCACCUGAAGAGGCCGUGGAUCGUCUCAUCCAUCGCAGCGAUGACCAGGACCGGAGGUCAUGGAAAGCCGGAGAAAUUCUGACCGGAGGAUAA